GGAUUCGCAGGGAUGAAAGCGGUGAGGUCCUUAGUACGUCUUGGGCGGCAGAGGUCGAGGGGCGGCAGUGGAGACGAGGAAGAGAAGAUCUUGAAGGAUGCCGACCACAACGACCACCCAAUCAGAGGUGAUAUGAGCCGCCCUCCCUCCGCCUGUUCCACCAUCUCUGACAACGAAACCACCUGUUCCCUCUCCACCAACGUGAAGGCCAAGAGAUACAAAUCUGAGACAGUCAACUCGACGCCGGCGGAGCUGAAGGCGCAGGACUUCCAGGUGUGCAUUACGAUCAUCGAGGCGAGACAGCUGGCGGGGCUCAACAUGGACCCCGUGGUGUGUGUGCAGGUGGGCGACCAGAAGAAGUACACCUCGGUCAAGGAAUCCACCAACUGUCCCUAUUACAACGAGUACUUCGUGUUCGAUUUCCACAUGGCGCCAGCGAUGCUCUUCGAUAAGAUCAUUACUCUCACGGUCCUACAAAGUCGCAACAUCCUCAGGUCCAACAAAGUCCUGGGCAGCUUCAAGUUGGACGUGGCGACGGUAUGGUCUCAGCCAGAGCACCAGUUUUACCACAAGUGGGCGCUGCUGACUGACCCUGAUGACAUCACAGGAGGGCCCAAGGGCUACCUCAAGUGCGACAUCUGUGUGGUAGGGAAGGGGGAUGCCAUCAAGGCGCCCCUCAGGAAUGACAAGGACGAGGAUGACAUCGAAGGCGCUGAUCCAGAGGGGAAUUUGCUCCUUCCUGACGGAGUACCUGCAGAGCGUCAGAGGGCCAAGUUCAUCGUGAGGGUGUACCGAGCUGACGGCCUCCCGAAGAUCAACUCCUCCCUCAUGGCCAACGUGAAGAAGGCCUUUACGGGGGACUCCAGAGACUAUGUUGAUCCUUACGUCCAGGUCUCUUUCGCCGGGUUGUCGGGGCGGACGAGCGUGAAGAAGAACACCGCUUGCCCCACCUGGAACGAACAGAUAAUCUUCACGGAGAUGUUCCCCCCGCUGUGUCAGAGAGUCAAGAUACAGGUGCGGGAUAAUGACGCUGUUAAUGACACGGUGGUUGGUACACACUUCCUUGACCUCACUACUGUCUCCAACGACGGUGAUAAAGGGAGUCCAGAAUCUUAUGGAUAUCUGCCGACCUUCGGGCCAGCGUACGUGUUCCUGUACGGGUCUACACGGGACGGGGCAGUCAUGGACGAACACGCUUCACUCAACGCCGGCCUGGGUGAAGGGAUCGCCUACCGUGGCCGAAUCCUCUUGUCCGUAAGAUGUCAGAUCUCAGACCAGCUUGACGUAGCUCCGUCAGAAGUGGCGGUGGAGAACAUCUUAUCCAUACAGGAGAGUAACUAUGGUAAAAGUGAGGAGUUCCUGCUCUUCGUGUCGGUGUUGGAGGCCACUAUGAUUGAGAAGCGGGUGAGUGACAAGCCCGUGUCCUUUGAGCUCUCCAUCGGCAACGCUGGUAACUCCCUCGAUGGCUGCUCCACCACCAGGCCCUCCAGCGACGAGGAGAGUGACGGAGAUUCUGGUCCGGAGUCCGUGAUCGCUGAGACCUCAAUGUGGCAGUCAACGACGCCACCAGCCAAGCCCAUGACCAACGACAAGGUGUAUUACUUCCUGCCCUUCUGGGACGACAAGCCCUGCCUCUACGUCAGGUCGUUCUUCCAGGACCACAGACGACGACUCUACAACUCCAACGUCAUUAAUGCCAUUGCGGCCAAGCUGGAGGAGGGUCUGUCGGAGGUGUUGUCGCUGCUGGAGGAGGAGGACGGGAGUCCUGAGCGUCGCCUGAAGGAGGUGAUGGAGGAGCUGAUGACCGGGUGUGGCCACUACCUCAGCCUGGCCAGGGCUUACACCUCCAACGCCUCCGGGGCCAGGACCAAGCUGGACAAGGAGAGGAUGCGACUUUGUCAGAAGGAGAUCGACCACUUGGGCAGCUCGGCGCGUCACACCAAGGCGCUGGUCACUCGCCACAGCCUGAGGGAGCGAUACAAGACAGCCCACUCCUACCUGGUCAAGCUCAGGGGCCUGAUCGAAGACCCUCAGCACAGCCUGCCCGACGUGUUCCUGUGGAUGAUCAGUGGGGGGAAGAGGGUGGCCUACCAGCGUCUACCAGCCAGGUGUCUCCUCUACUCCCCUGUCGACGAGGAGCGAGGCAAGCAUUGUGGCGUCACCCAGACUGUCUUCCUCAAGCUACCAGGGCGUAAGUCUAGUGGACCCGGAGGCUGGUCGAUCCAGGCGAAGCUUAACGUGUACAUGUGGCUGGGACUGAUGAAGCACAAGAAGAAUCUGGUCCCUGGCAUCCCCAAGGGCUACGAGCUGAGUUACGAGAUACGUAACAUAGAACGAAGCCUCACCCUACCACCUGUCUCCCUACACUACACUCAGAAGCAGACGUUCCAGCUGAGGGCCCACAUGUACCAGGCCCGCUCCCUCAUCGCCUCUGACAACUCCGGCCUCUCCGACCCCUUCGCCAGAGUCAUCAUUGGUGAACACUGCCGCAUCACACAGGUGAUCGACGAGACCUUAAGUCCAACCUGGGAUGAGAUGCUGGUGCUGGACGACAUCUUAGUGUACGGCACCAAGGAGGAGAUCAAGGAGGAGCCGCCCAUGGUGGUCAUCGAGAUCUUCGACCAAGACAACGUGGGUAAGUCAGAGUUCAUAGGUCGAACCCUGGCGCGGCCCCAUGUCAAGCUCAGAGAGGAGCUGUACGAGCGUCCACACCUGGAAUGGCACGACCUCUUCCGCGGUACCGAUCACGCAGGGGAACUCCUCGCUACCUUUGAGCUCCUUCAGUUUCAGGAUGGUGAGGAGGGCGGGGACGUGGUACCGGUGCCCCAAGCUAAGGAACACCACGGAGGCGACGCAGGCCCCAUCCUACCAGUACCCAGAGGCAUCAGACCUACCCUGGCCAAGUACAGGCUGGAGGUAUUGUUUUGGGGGUUACGUGACCUCAAGAGGAUCCACCUGUUGACCGUAGAUCGACCCCGGGUAGACGUGGAGGUGGCGGGUCACAUCAUCCAGUCAGCUGUCUUGAUCUCCGCCCGCAAGAACCCGAAUUUCACCAACCCCGUCAAGUACAUCGACCUGGAAUUGCCGGAGCAGGAGCUGUACUGUCCACCCAUCACCAUACGGGUAGUGGACUGUCGCAGCUUCGGCAGAUUCACGCUGGUGGGAACCCACAUCAUAUCUAGCCUUCACCGCUACAUGUGGACACCAGUCACCAAGAGGGACAGGGAGGCUACUCUGAGGAACAGCCUGGCGCAGCAGCUACAGUUGGGUAUGGAAGACAACGGCGUCCCCAACAACACUAACUCCCUCGUGCCCAACAACGUCCACGGAGGGCACGUAGGAAUUCCAGGAGGAGGAGGAGGAGGCCGCGUCAUAUACAGGAAGGAGACGGAGCGAAGUCCUCUCCUGCAGAAGGACACCAUUAUCACCAUCGAUUAUGUGGGUGGCUCCGGGGCGGUCUCCAAGCUGGUGGCGGUGACCAAGAAGGAGAAGUCGGAGGCCAACAAGAGGAGAAAACAGAGCCUGGAUUUUGAGGAGGAGGAUGAGGAGAACAGAGACUGGUGGACCAAGUACUUCGCGUCUCUGGAGGCCGUGGCUCUGCAACAACAGGAGGACAGGAAUGCGAGGGAGAGAGGAGACAACGCUGAAGGGGAACAGAAUCAACACCAGGACGGACAGAAGGGAGACCAGAACCAGGACAGGAAGAAGCACAACACCUUCAAGGCCACGUCGACGGCGGCUAAACUGGCGGCCAGAUUGAGUCCCAAGACCCAGAGGAGGAAACACAAGGCCAACAUCGCUGUCGUCAAGGUGAUCCCCGGGGAGCUGGAGACAGAAUUCGGCGGCUUCAGGGAGUGGCUACACACCUUCGAGCUCUACCGCGGCAAGAAGACUGGGGACGAAUUGGAGGACGAGGGUCGCGUCGUGGGCAAGUUUAAGGGGUCGCUGAAGCUGUACCGCUGGCCGCUACCGAAAGACAUCGACGACACCACCAUCACGGGAGGCGACCCCCAGUACGGCUUCUUCCAGGGUCUGCCCUCCAAUGACCCUAUCCAUGUGCUGGUGCGUGUGUACGUGGUAAGGGCGUGUGACCUCCACCCUAUGGAUCUGAACGGCAAGGCUGACCCCUACAUCGUGGUGCAGCUCGGGGGCAAGAAAGUGUCGGACAAGGAGAACUACAUCUCCAAGCAGCUCAACCCUGUCUUCGGCAAGUGCUUCGAGGUGGAGGCGACCUUCCCUCAGGACUCAAUGUUGACGGUGCAGGUACUCGACUGGGACCUGGUGGGCUCCGACGACAUGAUCGGAGAAACCAAGCUCGACCUCGAGAACCGCUUCUACUCGAGACAUCGCGCCACCUGCGGCCUAGCGAACAGAUAUGAAACCAGAUCGGGAUAUAACCAGUGGCGGGACCCCAUGAAGCCGACGCAGAUCCUGGCGAGGCUGUGUAAGGAGGGACGACUGGACGGCCCUCACUACGGCCCCGGUAAAGUCCGCAUCGCCAGCAAGACCUUCACGGUACAGAGUGACGAUGAACACGACCCUAACCGCGGCAGGUUUCUAGUGAGUGAAGAGCAGCUGGCUCUGGCAGUGUUACACCGGUGGGAGGAGGUGCCCAGAGUCGGGGCGCGGCUGGUGCCCGAACACAUCGAGACGAGGCCGAUAUAUAACCCAGACAAGCCAGGCAUCGAACAGGGCAAAGUGGAGAUGUGGGUGGACAUGUUCCCCAUGGACAUGCCGCUGCCGGGGCCGCCGCUGGACGUAACGCCGCGGAAGCCCAAGAGCUACGAGCUGAGGAUCGUCAUCUGGAACACCGACGACGUGGUGCUGGAGGACGACGCCUUCUUCACCGGCGAGAAGAUGUCCGAUAUCUACGUCAAGGGGUGGUUGAAGGGCCCAGAGGACACCCAGUGCACGGACAUCCACUACCGCUCGCUCACGGGGGAGGGCAACUUCAACUGGCGGUUCGUCUUCCCCUUCGAGUACCUGGUGGCCGAGGAGAAGAUCGUCAUUAGCCGUAAGGAGUCCCUCUUCUCCUGGGACGAGACCGAGUGUAAGAUCCCCGCCAGGCUGGAGCUACAGGUGUGGGACGCGGAUCACUUCUCAGCAGAUGACUUCCUCGGAGCCAUCACGCUGGACUUGAAUAGAUUCCCUCGAGGCGCCAAGAACUCCAAGAUGUGUACCUUAAACAUGCUCAAAACGGAUGGCACUGUACCCAUGGUGAACAUCUUCAAGCAGCGGAGAGUCAAGGGGUGGUGGCCAUUCUACAUCAAGAAAGAGAACGAGGAGAUGGAACUUACGGGUAAAGUUGAGGCAGAGAUCCACCUGCUGACGAAAGACGAAGCGGAAAAGAUCCCAGCCGGCCUCGGCAGAAGCGAACCCGACCCGCUGGAGAAGCCUAACCGGCCGGACGCCUCCUUCAUGUGGUUCCUCAACCCGCUAAAGAGCAUCCGUUACAUCAUCUGGCACAACUACAAGUGGGCCAUCAUCAAACUCCUCGUCUUCUUCGCUCUCACUAUCUUCUUUGUCCUCUUCUUCUACUCAGUGCCGGGCUUCACCGUCAAAAAGAUCUUGGGGGCGUAAUACAGGACCCAAACGCCACCUUAUCCUGAGGUCCUGCAGGAUGGGAGGAGUAGCCAAAGAGCCUCUAAGACUCAGUUGUUAUCUCCUCCAUAUUUUCCGUCAACCUCCUACAGAUAUUUACCGUCAGGGAGAUCCUAUGAACAUUAUACGGGACCUAGAAUGUUCCAUCCUGACCUGCUGGAGACGUGGACGGGCCAUAGUGCCUCUGAACUCUAUUGCCGUCUUCGUUAUUUCUCUCUACUCCCCGCAGAGCUUCACCACCAGGAAGAUCUCGGGGACUUAAUACAAGGCACUUGAGUAGGAUAUCCCGUCCUUAGGAUCCUUCACUGACCCAACAGGACGGUGAUCAGUGAGCUCUACACCGUAAAUUCGGUUUAUGCUGGAACAUUACGCCAAGGCGCUGAGAAUUCCAUAUACUGAAACAAUGUGUCUAGCAGUGACUGACCCAUUAUCUGGACGGUGACCACUGACUAUAAGGGUCUGGUGAAGCUGUCCAUGGUAGAGAUGUGGUGAAUAUGACAUAAAUAUAUUCAGGAGUUCAGUGAGGACACAUUUACGUAACUCAUCUGUCUGUGUGAAUUAUUGUGAAUUCGUCUCAGACGUUCAGCCGUGAUAUUAUGAUAAAUUUGUGUGUUGUAGUUUAAGGUUCUCAUCCAGACGAUAUAUUUCUCUAUCUCCUCCCUGGCUGCGGCGUCACCUGCAGGUGGGGAGUCACCUUGUAUCACCACCUAGUACCACCCGCCCCUCCUGACCCACCAUAUGUGUCCUGAAUACUCAGAGGUCAGUCUGUCCUCAAAGUCGUAACAACUAAAAAAGUAAAUACCAAUAUCUUAACCCAACUCAUCUUGCUUGAUACGUCGAAAAGCUAAAAUUGAGAUAGUUUAGGACGGUUGACAGCUAACAGAUAAGAGGCGCGAGGAGAAGACUCUAUGAUUGGCUGACUGAGCUGAGGUUGAUUUGUCAUUAUCGAUCACGGAACGAUCAUAUACUAAACUCCUCAAACUUCAUCUUCUAUAAAGUCCUCAGUGGCCUCCAAUAUUUACUAUGCACUCUGCUAUAACAGACUUAAACCCUUAGAAAAUUAAUCAAUCAAUCAAUCAACGCAUCCAUAUUUUUUUUCUAGGACAGUAUCGCUAAUGGGGACACACUACGGGUGGGUCGACUCUCCUGUAUGCAAAUUAUAAUAUAACGAGAGACAGAUGUGGUGUGGAGGCAGUGUUAUGUACGACGCGGUGUAUCUCUGCUGAGAGAUAAUGGUGAGGGUGAGGGUGUAUCCUGAUCCACAACACCCACGGAGCUGAGUCGCCAUACUCCACACACUUCAUCAUCUCUCAUGAAACCAAAAUCAAGAUAAUAUAUAUAUAUAUAUAUAUAUAUAUAUAUAUAUAUAUAUAUAUAUAUAUAUAUAUAUAUAUAUAUAUAUAUAUAAACUCUGUAAAAAUCACUGUUUAGCUUCAUUACUGAGAUGUUAUUUUGACUUGCCAAUUCAUUUUCUUUAAUAUAUUUUUCGUUUCAGUUCACGUUUCUCUGAAUGAACUUGUCAUAAAUAAUUAUAUUCCACUGUGAAUUAAUAUUGUAAGAUAUUUGUUAUUAUAAGGAUUACGGACCAAAUAUUCCAUAAUGUUGCCUUUAUAUAUCUUCUAUGUCACAUUGUGAAAGAAAAAACUCGGUAAUAUUCAAAUUUGUGUAUUUUCCCUCCAAAGAGGAGUAGGGUGAACAGCGCCUCUGGUGACGGUGAGCCGAAGCUGUCCGUCAUCACCCCCAGGCUGGCCUUCCUUUCAGAGUUUCCAUUCUGGUUAUUACAUAUAAAAAAACACUUCACUGUUAUUCUCACUGUAGAAGAAAUUUAAUCACUGACUUUAGAGUCAGAUCUGUUGUUAUUGUAGCUUACACACUUUUGAUAACAUGGACGAGGAAACAUUGUCGGCUCGACAGUGUUCAGGUGUGAUCAUCAGUUCGUGGAGACCAAUAAAAUAGUGCAUCUUUGAGGUAUGUGUCGAGAGUUUGAUAAAAUGAUGUAAGUGGCUCAUUUUAUUAAUAUCGGUGGCUUAUAUGACGGGUAUUGUAGCACAGGUGAUUAAAGGUUCAUAAUAAAGGGCUCAAAGGUGACACUACUGUAUAUUGUUUUAUGGACCUAUAUGUGUACAGAGACAGUAUUAGUGUGUCAGCGUACAGGAGAUGUUGUGUCUAUAUUUAUAUGUACAGGAGGUAUUAACUAUGCCAUGCUACCUGUGAACCUUCAAGGUGGCCCCAAAAUAAUGUUUCCUUGAGUUGGGGAGAUGUGCCAUGUGCGUCUCCCAAACACAGCUGAAUUUUUGUUCUGUACAUUGUUUAGUGAUCAACUUGAAGAUUCACAUUUGACAUGGUACACUGUUACUGUCUCCUGUACACACAGAGGUGAAAAAAAAAGAGAUAGUUUCACUUUGAACUCUUUAAAUGACAUCUUGGCAACAGGUAAACAGAGGAGGUGACCUACUCCAGUAAUACCUGGCUAUCGUUUAUCAAUAUUUAUAUUGGAUAAAAAUUUUUACUAAUAACGAUGAGGAAACGUACUAGAUUAAAUUAGUCAGACGUGUUUCCUGGGUUAAUGAUGAAGAAAAAAUAUACAGUAUUAAGAGGCCAGGCCAAGACGCCACCGGCCGAGAGGAGUCUGUAAAAUCAAGUAUCUCGACACACCUGAACCAGGGGUCCAGAAUGUGUUCUUGUUGAAGGUUCAUCCCUCGCGCCACCUGUAGCUUCGGCGAUCACUCCUUUAAGCGUUCAGUAGAUAGAGAUAUUCUUACAUCAGGGUAUUAAGAGUCUACUCCCCGUACCAGAGCAAGAGCGCCACCGCAGGCACAAGGUUGGCGAACGUUAAAGGCGUAUUGACAAAAAAGCGUCAGGCUGCGCCACGUGUAAAGGCGGCGUCACUAUAGCAUUUUUUCCGUCAUUUUGUUGCAUCAAUGUUCUGUGCGAACUCUGUCACACAUGCAUAGAGCGCGCCAGUACAGUCUGUCCGCGUUCGUCGAUUGUAAACAAAGAAAAUGACAUUGUAUGACUUCCUUUCAUAUCUUACUGUAUCAAUCUUCCCUUGGGUCUCACAUGGCAACGAUGAGACCUAAUAUUGUCUAUCAUGUAUUCUAGGGACAAGCUAGGCGUGUCCACACAGGAAUAGAUAGACAAACAGCAGAUAUAUUUACGAAUAUCAACAUUAAUAAAAAAGACUUCAAUAUAUUUUAUUAAAAAUGAGAUGCUGAAUAAGUUUAAAAUUAUAUGUAUUUAUUUCACGUGGUUUGAUAUUUAUUUUAUAUAAAUAUCCUCAUUGUUAAGUAUAGAUCUUGACUUGGCCGCAGAAAUUGGCCCAAGCCAGUCAGGUGGAAAUGAUGCGUUUCGACUGAGUGAGACGGGCUCGAAAAAUUGGCAAUUUGUGGAAAAAAACGAUGGGAACCGGGAAAGUUGACAGAAAAAGAUGCAAGUUUGACGCCGUCUAUAGAGUGGGAGAGAAGGGUCAAUGGAAAACUGUUGUUCGCUCGUGCUGGCGCUAUGUUCUCUGUGGUACGGGUCUAGGGCAUCAAAGAAGGUAUUUUUGUAGCGAUGAUUCUAUUGUUCCUACACAGCCUCACACUGUAACUUAGUUUGUUAACGUCCUAGUUCAUGAUUAGCUCGAAACACAAUUGUUUAUAAUGAGUUUGUUCGUCCCUGGGUUGCCCUCGUUCACGGAGCUCGUAGUUCAUCACCCGUUCACAGCGUCGUCACCUUCAGCGUGGUGUGGAGACGCUAUUAGUGGGUUGUGGUCACGUUUUAACAUUGUUGUCGGUGGCUCCUUAACUGACGACUCGUGAGGAUUGUGAAUGUUAAACUUGGUACUGAGAAAAGUGUUUAUCGUUCUGACAACCAAAACAAAGGGAGGGUUAACUCGUAAGGUGGGUUAGGUUUGAAAUAAUAUAACAUUCUAACCUAACUAAACUUAAAUGACCUAACGUAACCAAAUCUAACCAAACGUAAACCGACUUAACCAAACCUAAAUUAGACAUUGUUUAGUUAGAAACAUAGAAGCUUACUUCAUUAUUCUUGUUUUCAUUCUGGUUCCUCAAGGUGCCGUCAGCUACAGGGUUUAUCAUUAAUAUCUUCUGAUUUAUCCUUGAAAAUAAAAAAAAAUUGUUCCAUGUUAUGUAAACCUGACUUGUCUUUCGUCUGAAUAAUUACCACAGUUUACUUCAAUCUUGUUUUAUGACACCAAAACCCUUUAUCGUUAAUCUGCUUAUAGUUACCCAAAUUUAACUCUGACCAUUUAAACAAAGUCCAGAAUUCAGUCUUUUUUUCUUUCUACGUCUCUCCGUGGGUAAUUCAUCAACAUGUAAAUAGUAUAAUUAGACUGAUAAAUAUGUCGUUUCUUGUAGUGACGUAUUGCAAUAUUUCUUCACUGUUAACAAUAUUUACCUGUAAUUAACCAUACGCGCGUGUGUGUGUGUGUGUGUGUGUUUUGUCUCAUGUAUACAUAUCAUGUGUACCACUAAAUGUUUCUUUUUUAAACAUGAAUAUUGAUGCAAUGUUUCAUAGCCAAGAGAUCAAGGGUGAUAUGAAGUCCUUGUUCAGUGGGACUGGUGCCCCUUGUUAUUUAGGAUCUCUAUUCCCUGAGUCCCCCUCCCCCCCCCUAGAUACGUAGAUUCAGUGGGACUGGUGCCCCUUUUAUUGUUAUUUAGUGUCUUUGGAUCCCUUGAAUUCUCUUAGAUACAUUAAUUCACUGGAAAUCAUGACUUUUUCCUAUCUAUUUUUCCUGUUUUUCAUAAUGACCCUAGAAAAUUUAGCAGGAUUUGUCCCCUAGUAUGUCCACCGGUACUGAUUUAUGCUUGGCCUGAGGAUGCGGUGGGACUGGUGCCCCAGAACUGUCGAACUGCUGUUUUACCAUUUACCCUCAUUAUUUCACCUUAAUCUUGUAGGUUCAGUGGAACUAAAUCCUUCUGCUUGAAAUGGGUUCCCCCCCCCCCUUAAAUAA